CUGGCAAAACCCAUCGCUCUAUCUCCCACUCAUGGCUUCCUCUCCUCUCUCUCAACUCUCCUUCCUUGUAUUCCCUCUUCUCCUCCUCUCUCAAAACCUCAUCCCUUCCUAUGCAAAUCUCCAGAAAACCAAAUCCCUGCUUUUGGAAUCCCAAGACAUCCCCAAACAGCAAUCCUCAGAAUCUCCCACCAUCUUCUUCCAAGUCACAAAACCCAUCUCUGUUCCCCCAAAUUCCAAACCAUGUACUUCUCUCAUUCUCCAACACUCCUUCGCAUCCACCUACACAAAACCCCCUGUCACAGCUUCUUACAUUCCCCCCUCCAACUGCCCUUUCCAAUCCUUCUCCAAGAUCACCCUCGUUUGGUCUGCUUACUGCAAGGGCCGGCAGUUCGAUCGCAUCUUCGGCGUUUGGCUCGGUGGCGUCGAGCUCUUACGCUCCUGCACCGCUGAGCCCCGUGCCACCGGCAUCAUCUGGACCGUUGAAAAGGACAUCACCAGGUACUCUUCCCUCCUUAAACACCCCCAAAAGCUCGCUGUCUAUCUUGGCAACCUUGUCGACAGUACUUACACUGGAGUCUACCAUGUCAAUGUGACGUUCCGCUUCUAUCCAGAGGAAGAAAGUAAGCCGAAUUGGGCGAAUUCAGGACUUGGGUUUGGUUCCCCGGCCGAUUUGGUACUGCCCAUCUCGCGGAAUCUACCUUUGAAUGAUGGGCUGUGGUUUCUGAUUGAGAAUUCAACGGAUGUUCAGGUGAAGGAAUUCAAAGUCCCCAGGAAUACGUACCGGGCUGUCUUGGAAGUGUUUGUUUCAUUCCAUUCCAGCGACGAGUUCUGGUAUAGCAAUCCACCUAAUGAGUAUAUAGAAGCGAAUAAUCUGACUGGGGUGGGUGGAAACGGCGCAUUUAGGGAGGUGGUCGUUAGUUUGGACGGCAAGGUAGUUGGGGCUGUUUGGCCUUUUACGGUGAUCUAUACUGGCGGCGUCAAUCCCCUUCUUUGGCGUCCCAUUACGGGUAUUGGAUCCUUUGAUCUUCCGACUUAUGAUAUUGAGAUCACGCCAUUCUUAGGGAAGAUUUUGGAUGGGAAGAGACAUAAAUUCGGAUUUAGUGUUACAGAUUGUUUGAGUGUUUGGUAUGUAGAUGCGAAUUUGCACCUUUGGAUGGAUGGCAAUAGUGUGAAAACUAACGGGGAGCUGAUUAAAUACAAAGCAGAGCCAUUCAAGCCUUCUCUGGUCUCACAUUUCAAGGGUCUAAAUGGGUCGUUUGUGACGACUGCAAGUCGGUCCAUAUCGUCGACUGGAUGGGUCAAGUCAUCCCGUGGGAAGAUCACGACACAUUCAUUCCAAGGGUUUGAUUACAAGAAUUUUAUGGUGUUUGGAGAUGAUGGGAAUAUGCAGGUUGUGGAUCAGACCAUAGAUGCCAGCCACGGAGUAUAUGCCAAACACCGGCAUUCUGAUUCAUACUCGAUUCAAGUGUUUCAGAGGUUUCCUCUAUAUCUGUAUACCAAUACUGCUGAUCAAGGCAAUGGCAGUUACUCUUCAUUUGCGAACAUCUCGUUUGGAUUCUUCGAGAAUCAGUAUUUGGAAAUGGGGCCCGAUUUCUCAUUCAGCUUUCUCUCGAACAAGCAGGAUGGUCAGGGUGUUAUGAUUGUAAAAGGAAACCUGGUAGUGAGUGGAUUGGGGAGCACACAGCAAGUAUAUGAAUACCAUAGUAGUGAAGGUUGCUAUUUCAGGAAUGUUAGUAGUAGUAAUUAUACCAUUCUUCACGAUGAAUCGGGAGAGCUCUGUAGUAAGGGGUCGCACUUAGGCUCUAGAUUUGGAUCCAAAAGAAGGCUGCCCAUUCCAACUAGGCGGGUCUCUCUAGUGUCCAAUUUGCGUGAUCGAAAGAAUAGGGAUUAGAUUCAUUGAAUUGGGUUGAUGCUUCCUUAGCUAGAUGAAUUGAAGAUACGUGGUAAGCAUCUCCUCACUGCAUUGUGGUGUGAUCCAAUAAGCAUUUAGUGCAGAUCAUGGAAUUAAUUGUGAAAAGUAAUUUUGUUUUUUUACCCAAGUUGGAUUCCCUUUCAUGGUUCCGUCAAUGAAUUUUUACUGUUUUCUUCGA